AUGCUAAAUUGGGUAAGAGGGCCGAAAUCGUACGAGGAUAUAAGAACAGUUGAUGGUGUUGUAUAUUCUACAUACGAAGAUGCUUGCUAUGCUUUGGGUUUGAUGGAUGAUGACAAGGAAUACAUAGAAGCUAUCAAAGAUUGUAGUGAUAAUAGUUCUGGCACGUAUGCGAGGAAGCUUUUUUCGAGAAUGUUGGUAUCCAUAACAUUAUCUCAGCCUCAUGUUGUGUGGGAAGCUACUUGGGAGUAUCUAACCGACGAUAUUCUCUACAAGAAACGACGACAAACUGGAAAUCCCGAGUUGAACUUGACCAUAGAUCAUAUCAAAAACAUUGCUCUAACCGAGAUUCAAAAUCAUUUGCUUAGCAAUGGUCGUAGCCUCCAGAAAUGGCCCCUAAUGCCAAAGCCAGAUGAUUUUGGUUGUUACAACGGCAAUCGCCUUAUAGAUGAUGAGCUUAAGUAUGUUGUGGAAGAUCAGCUAAAGGAAAAUGAAAGACUUAUGGCGAUGAUAACAGAUGAGCAAAGAGGGGUUUACAACGAGAUUUUGGAUGCAGUUUUAAAUGAUAGCGGUGGAGUGUUCUUUCUUUAUGGUUAUGGAGGCACAGGUAAAACCUUCGUAUAUAGAGCACUCUCAUCAGCAAUCCGAUCUAGACGUAUGAUUGUUCUAAAUACCGCAUCCAGUGGAAUUGCUGCAUUAUUGUUGGAAGGAGGUAGAACCGCACAUUCCAGGUUUGGUAUUCCGAUAGAUGCCGACGAGUUUACUACUUGCAAGAAAAUGGAGCCAGGAUCAGAUCGUGCAGAAUUAGUUAAAGCAGCAAAGCUCAUUGUAUGGGAUGAGGCGCCUAUGAUGAGCAGACACUGUUUCGAGACUUUGGAUCGUUAUAUGCGUGAUAUUAUAAGAUCUUCUGAAGACAAACCUUUUGGAGGUAAAGUAGUUGUUUUCGGUGGAGAUUUCAGACAGAUUUUACCGGUCAUACCUGGAGGUGGUAGAGCAGAGACUGUUUUGCAAGCUCUUAAUUCGUCAUAUCUUUGGGAGCACUGCAAAGUUCUGAAGCUAACAAAAAACAUGAGAUUGCUCGCUGGGCUUACUGAUGAUGCAGCAAAAGACCUUCAAUCCUUCUCAAAAUGGAUUUUGGAUGUUGGAGAUAGAAAAAUAAAUUUGCCAAACGACGGUCAGGUUGACAUUGACAUCCCUUCUGAUCUGUUGAUCAAAAAUAUUGGAGAAGAUCCGAUUCAAACUAUUGCAAAGGAGUUGCCAGGUGAAUACAAGGUUUACCUUAGCUCUGACAGUAUAAUCCCAUCCGAUGUUGAUGUAGAAGAAAAUGUUACCUAUCCAACAGAGUUUUUGAACAGUGUUAGAGUGACAGGAAUGCCUAGACAUAAUUUGAAUCUGAAGGUUGGUGCUCCUAUUAUGUGUCUCCGUAACUUGGAUUUGGUAGAUAGCUUAUGCAAUGGUACUAGGCUAAUUGUUACUCAGUUGCUCCCACAUGUUAUAGAAGGUAGAAUUAUAACUGGAAAUAGUACUGCUGGAGACAAAGUCUGGAUUCCUAGAAUGUAUGUCAGUCCACCUGACACAAAGUUUCCCUUCAGAAUGCGUCGAAGACAGUUUCCCGUUACACUGGCUUUCGCGAUGACCAUCAACAAAAGUCAAGGUCAAACACUAGAAAGUGUUGGUUUGUUUUUGCCUAGGCCAGUGUUCUCACAUGGUCAGCUCUACGUUGCACUUUCAAGAGUUAAGUCGAGAUCUGGAUUAAAAAUCCUAAUAACUGGUAAAGAAAGGAAGGCCGAGACAAAAACAUUGAAUGUUGUCUACAAACAAGUUUUUCAAAAUAUUCCGUAG